AUGGGCCCCACACGGAGCUCAGGACCCCCAAAGAGGCGGCGGCAGGAGCGCACGGUGUACACCAAAGAGCAACUGGACGUGCUCAAGGAAUACUUCCAGAAGAAUGAGUACCCCGGCUACCAGGACCGCCUGCGCCUGGCGACCAGGCUCAGCCUAGAGGAGCACAAACUGCAGACGCGCCCCCACCUCGCCGUUUAUCAAGGGCCUCUGGGCCACCUUUCCGCCCUCUCCGCUCUGCGGGAGGGGAUCAGCAAGGCCAAAGCGGUCCGGUGCUGCCCUGGGUCACGCAGCAAGCAAGGGGUCUCCCGGCUGCGGAUCCAGGGCUGGACCCCGAGUCCGCCUCAGCCCUGUGCCGUACAAGCCCUCCAACCCCACCGGCCGGGACUGACGCCCCCGUGGUCUCCCUGUGCCCAGGCCUCAGGGCCUCUGAACCCGCGGACCCUCUCGGGCAGACUCCUUCCUGGCCCCCAGGCCCUCCUGUCCUCUGCACCCCUCCUCGGCGGCCUCCUGAACACCAGGGGCCACAAAUUGGGUCUGGGAGGAGGAGGGGGAGGGAUGGCUUCUCACCGGGACGGGGCGGCUUCACACCCGGGGCGGAGAAGAAUUAGCGCAGCCUCUCGCCUCUUAACACCUCGUCCCGGUCCCCUGUUUCCCCAGGUGUGGUUCAAGAACCGCCGGGCCCAGCGCUCCCGGCUGCAGCGACUGUCCAAGGGCCGAGGCCAGAGGGCCCGCGAUGCUCCCACGGACCCCGGAGCCCACGGCGCCCCGGGCCCCGCGCCUGCCCCUGUCAUUGCCGCUGCCACCGCAGUUGCCGGCCCCGCAUUCCCAGACGGCCCGGGAUUCCGCAGGCCCCCUCUGCCCAGCCCCGCGGGGAUGCUCCCAGCGCCAGAGCCCAGCAUCUCCAGCCACGGCCCUGCCAUGUGGGCCCCGGCACAAGGAGCCCAGGCGCCCGUCCAGGCUGCUUCAGCCCCGGCCCCGGCCCCAGUCUGGCCUCUGGACUCCUACGCCCCCAACUUUGGCCCAGAUCCUUUUCCAAUUCCAGUGAUAUUCUCACGCCAAGACCCUUCCUUCCCGACGUCUGGGUACCAAACAGAAGAGAGCUUUGUGGAUGAGAACGACUUAGGCCCCGGCCGGUUACUGAAUCUAUAG